AUGCGUCUUCGCAGAGAAGCAAGAGGUCGUCGAGGUAGAUCAAACAACGGAUGCCGUUUUCUCGAAGAUGUGCGGUGACUGGUUUGAGCAGUUUGGUGAAGCACCACGGGGCGGAACUCAGGCCGAAUGGAAGGCAGGUGAAUUGGAAAAUCCGGUGGUGCCAAAGAAAGCGGAGAAAACGUUGGCUGGAUGGGUGUACUGGUACCGAGAGGUAAGCGUCCUUUAGGUCGAGACGAGUGAAUCAAUCGCCUGGUCGGAGAAUGUCUCUGAGGAGAUGAAUCCCUUCCAUUUUGAAAUGUCUGUAAAUAACGAAAGAGUUCAGUUGACGGAGGUUGAUUACUGGGCGAAAGUCCCCUGAUUUCUUCUUGACUAAGAAGAUGGAGCUGAGGAAACCUUUGUCUAGUGGAGCGAGUUGAAUCGCUCCUUUUGUUAGAAGUGAACCUAGUUCUGAAUCUAGAAGAAGACUCUGAGACUUUGACAUUUUUGGAUAGUGAGGAUAAUCUAUUUGAGAAGGGGAAGAGUGAAACUCUAUGGAAUAACCCUGAACUGUGUUUAGGACCCAGGUAUCUGAAGACAGUGUCUUCCACAUGUCUACACAGUGUGACAACCUGCCCGCAUGAUAAACAGUAGAAAGGUGAAAGGUAGGAGAUCUCACCUGUUGGGUAUCUGUUGCGUCCGCGGGAUCUGUAUCCUCUUCCUUUAUCCGCCCUUUGGGUGUAAGAGCCUCUUGAUUGAUAGUUGGGGAAGAAUGAUGAAGUUGGGGUUCUCUGGCGUUGGUUUGUGGUCCAGAAACGGCUGACUGUACGACCCCUUGUACGGCCAGCCCUGCCAAAAACCCGUGAGGGUUGAUGAUGAAACACCCUUUUCAUGGAUGACUGCGCCUUGUUUAGUGUGGCGUAUAGGUUUACAUGCUUAUGUAAUUCUUUAAUAUAGGGUUCUCCAAACAAUAGACCCUUUGCUUUGGGGCCCAAUUCUUUGGUUCCCAAGUCAGCUAACUUGGCAUCCAUACGCAGCAGCACUGCUUUUCUACGCUCAGUACAGAGGGAUGUAUUCGCAUUGCCCAGCAGGCAAAUAGAGCGUAGCGCCCAUUCUCUAAUCACAGAUGGGUCUAGAGGGCCUUCAUUAGAUAAGGCUUCAUCAGCCAGUAGAAGAAUUUUAGCUAGAGGUCCUAGGAUAUCUAGCAUUUUGUCUUGGGUUAGGCGUAGGCUGCACUCAAUGCCCUUCUUUGGGUCACGGCCCGAUCUGGCCAAAUAUGUGUAGAGUAGCGUAUCAAACUCCGGGGUCACCGCGACCUUAUCCGGUAGAGUGGGUCUAGGGCAUUCCGCUCGUAGUCUUUUCCAGAUCUCCCGAUCUAGGGGUCUUCUGAUCCAGUAAUGAAUAUACUGGGAAAGAUGAUCUGGUAGAGACCAUUCAGAUGAUCGGGGAUAUCUAAUUUGCCUCGGGUCAAAAAGAGGCUGGCCAAGUGUAUCUAGAAAAAAUUCUGCGUCCCCAGAUGGAUUCGAUCCGGGUAUUGUAACUUCGGUUGGGAGUUCUCCCAUGAUAGAUUGAGGGAGAGGUGCUCCUUUAAAAGGAGUCUCGGGCCAGUCUUCCUCAUCUUCUGAGGAGUGGUCAGCUUGCCAUUCAUCUAGGAUGGCUAAGGGGUGUAAGUCGAAAGAGUCUUCCUCCUCUUCCGACAGAGUAGGCUGGAUGGAGUGUUUCUCUCUAACAUCCGCCUGUUUAGGGCGUUUCGCCGGUUCUUUCCCCUUACGUUUGAGUGGUUCAGGCCCAUUCCCUUUCCAAUAACGUUUACUGGGUUUGGAAGGGUUUCUUUUUGAGGAGUCGGAAUCCUCCGCAUCUUCAUCAGAAUGCGGGGUCUGGAAUUUUUUGUCUCUUUUGAUUCAACGGGCAGCACCCGAGCCAGGGCCUUUUCUAGUGAAGCAGCAACAGCUGCAUUAAUAAUUGCUUGCAAGUUUUGAUCUUGAUUUGAAGCCUCCAUAGCAACAGUGUUGGUACCUAUGGGGCAGAAUAGGCCAGUGUUAGAGUGUAUUGUAAGGCCGUCACGAAAAAUCACAGUAUGUUAUAAUUCCACAUUGCAAGCUGUAAUUGGGGGUCACCCAGUAUAAAUCACCUCAGGGAAUACUUUUACAUACCCGUAUAGAGGUAUAGUGGCACAGACAAAGCGGGCCAAUCAUGGGCUGUAUAAAAUAACAGCAAUCAUAUUUUAAAUUUAGGUAAUUAACCUUAUACACAUGCACAGUGUAAAUAUGAGAUGUAUCAAUCAUAAAGGAUAUAUGUGGAAUAGUUCAAAAUAAAUAUUUAGAGAAAUGUGAUUCCAGUUAUUGGUAGGACUAUAUUGGUGUAAAUCCAAGUAAAACAGUAUUGUAUUGAGAAUAAAAUGUGCAAGGUAGUUUAUAUGCAGUAUAAGUUUCUCCACUAGAGGGAGGUAGUCUGAGAUAAAGAUGCACUAAUCUAUGAAGUGAAGCUCCCUCCUUUGUGAGUGAGGGGAGUAUGCAGGAAAUUAUAUUAAACUUAUAAUAAAAUUGAAUAAUGAAAAAAGAAGAUUUAUGUAACUAUAUAUAACCGCUGUGUAAAGCGGUAUAAUGGCCGCCGCACGGCCGGAGAAAAGCAGAUCGCGGCUCCAAGAAAAUGGCCGCCGCGAUCUCGCGUGUGCGCACUAGAGAAGGGAGGAAGCCGUUUGGAUCUCGCGGAGGAGCGCGAGAUCCAAGAUGGCCGCCGUGCGCACUCAGGACCGUUGGGGGCAUUCCCCACGGUCUGA